CUGACCGCUUGAAGUGUAGAGAGAACCGGUAGUGGCAGCGUGGUGAUCUGGAUAGUGCUUCCUACAAUAUUGGAGAUCACAAACAUGCCCAUGCCUAACUGCCAUCGUCGGCGCUUGUAGGGAGGCCGGCGGCCCUCAUAAUGUGGUUUCUCGUCCUCGAGGAGGUGGGACUUGCGUUGGAGUGUAAGUCCGAUGGCUUGUAGGCUGGUCGAGACGAGGCCCACGAUCACUCCGACCUAAAUCCAAGAUAUAUCAGCUCGCAGUUCCUGCAUAGGUUCCAUAUAUGCGUGCUCACCGCGAUACUGCCCUGCGGCGACAAAUCUCCGAGGUUGCCCAUCGUGGUUAGUAUCGUGUGUCGGCCGCGGAACGGGGGGUUCGCGGUGGAAGCGCAAGAGCUGGGCCACUACCGAAGUGCAGAUGCCAUGAUUCGAGGGGCGAGGACUCGAAGGGAGUUGUUUAGGAACUGCGAGCGCCACCAGAAAAAGGAAAGGGUUGCAGGGCGUGAACACAGGGACAAGGAGAGCAGGAGAGAGUGCGGAGGCCUCUCUGGAUGCGGAUGGGACGCCAAGGCAAAAGCAGCUGGAGCGCAGCGGCUCCCGAGCUUAGUUGGACUCGUUGGACACGACUCCCUUCCACCUCCCCCACGUCAUUCAGCAUUCCCCAACUCCGUCCACCAGACCACCAUCACUUCUCUUCCUCCUCUUCCUCUGAAACACGCCAUCAUGUCGCAAAGUCAUGCCCUCUCCGAUGAUCAGGUCGCGGGCGAGCUCCGCAAGAUGACCGCGUUCAUCCGGCAGGAGGCCCUCGAGAAAGCCCGUGAGAUCCAGCUCAAGGCCGACGAGGAGUUCGCGAUCGAGAAGUCCAAGCUUGUCCGCCAAGAGACCGCCGCCAUCGACACUCUCUACGAGAAGAAGUUCAAGCAGGCCGCCAUGUCCCAGCAGAUCACCCGCUCGACUCUCUCCAACCGGACUCGUCUCCGCGUGCUCGGCGGCCGUCAAGAGCUCUUGGAUGAGCUCUUCGAGAAAGCUCGCAAGAAGGUCUCGACCGUGGCUGCGGACGAUAAGAAGAAGUAUCAGACCAUGUUGGAGGGACUGAUCCUCGAGGGCUUUUACUUCCUGAACGAGGAGAAGGUUGAGAUCCGUGCGCGGAAGAAGGAUGUCGAUGCCGCGAAGAAGGCUAUUGAGGGGGCCGCGAAGGAGUUCAAGAAGAACGUCGGCAAGGAGGUGACCGCGACUGUGGACGAGUCCGAGCCGCUACCCGAGGGAUCUGCCGGUGGUGUGGCUAUUGUUGGCGGCAAGGGCAAGAUCGAGAUCAACAACACCUUCGAGGAGCGUCUACGCCUCUUGGAGGUUGACGCCCUCCCCGCCGUGCGAGAGACGUUGUUCGGCAAGAACGUCAACCGGCGGUUCUAUGACUAGACAUUUACUGCUCUGGGUUUUUUUCUGUAUUUCUCUGCUGGGCACUCUGUCCCGAGUCCUACCGGUCCGGGUGUUUCCAUGUUUUAUUGUUCGGGCUGCUCGCUAUGCCUCAUUUUGACCGUCU